GAAAGCGCUCAGCAGCAGGCAAGGAAAGCCUGAGGGAUGCCAUCCUGGCGACUGGGAAAGGGAACUCCUCUUUGCCACCUAAAAGGGGUCAUGAGGGGCUGCUGGAGCGCUUUCUGGGAAUUCUGGAGCUAUGAGACCCCCAAAGUGAUUGUGGUGCGGAACCGGCACCUGGGGCUCAUCUACCGACUGGUCCAGCUCCUCAUCCUGGUCUACUUCAUUUGGUACGUCUUCAUCGUCCAGAAAGGCUACCAAGAGAGCGAAUCUGGCCCGGAGAGCUCCGUCAUCACCAAAGUCAAGGGCGUCACCCGCUCCCAAAGCAAGGUUUGGGAUGUGGAGGAGUAUGUGAAACCCCCAGAGGGUGGCAGCGUUUUCAGCAUCAUUACCCGGGUCCAAGUGACCCCUUCACAGACUCAGGAUGCUUGCCCAGAGAAUCCCAGGGCUUUGUGUCGCUCCAGCCGUGAGUGUGUUGCUGGUGAGAUGGACAUGCUGGGCAAUGGAGAGAAGACGGGGCAUUGCGUGCCCUACAACCGCACCAAGAAGACCUGUGAGGUGAAGGCAUGGUGCCCGGUGGAGAAUGGCACAGCGCUCAGUGAGGAUUUGUCAAAGAUGGCGCCCAAGUUCACCAUCCUGAUCAAGAACAACAUCCAUUUUCCCCGCUUCCGCUUCUCCAAGGGGAACAUCAAGGACAGCAAAGACGGCUACCUGCGGAACUGCUCCUUCAAUGAAACCACCGACCUCUAUUGCCCCAUCUUUAAGCUGGGCUUCAUCGUGGAGCAAGCAGGCGAGGACUUUGCUGCCUUGGCUGAAAAGGGCGGGGUGAUUGGGGUGAUCAUUAACUGGAACUGCAACCUGGAUUUGCCGGACUCUGAAUGCAACCCCCGAUACUCCUUCCGCAGGCUGGACCCCAAGUGGGCCCAAGUCUCCUCUGGCUACAAUUACAGGUUUGCUAAGUACUACCACUGCGAGGGGAAGAGCACCCGCACCUUGAUCAAGGCCUACGGCAUCCGCAUUGAUGUCAUUGUGCAUGGACAGGCAGGGAAAUUCAGUCCCAUCCCCACCAUCAUCAACCUGGCGACGGCACUGACCUCAGUCGGAGUGGGAUCCUUCCUGUGUGACUGGAUCUUAUUGACCUUCAUGAACAAGGACGAGGUGUACAGCUCCCGCAAGUUUGACCAGAUUGCCACACUUGCCCAAGAGGCACUGAAAAUGGACUCUGGCACCACCACCAUGGCCUCCUCGCCCAUCGGCUCCAAAACUCCCGUCCCACUCUGAGACCCACAGCUGGCAUCUCUCCAUUUCUGUCAGGGCUGCUUUUGCAUUGUGUCAUCCAACCUCCUUCCCAGUAAAUAAAAU